AUUGGACGCGAACCACGCGUCCCGAACUGCCAGCCCCUCUCUUCCCGUGCCGCACCACGCUACCCAACGACCUCGAUCAAAGCCGCCGCCUCCGCCGCCGCCGCCGCCAUGGGGAGGCGAUCCGGAGGCAGGAAGCUGCCCUUCUUCUCCGCCGCCUCCUCCUCGUCCUCCACCAAGCGCACCCGCUCCGCGCGCCGCCUCCCUUCCCUGCCCAAGCCCAGCUCGCCGCCUCCCCCCUCCCCGACCACUCCGCCCCCCGCGCCGCAGACCACCACGUCUCCGCCUGCCCCCUCUCCCGGGGGUAGUGCCGCCGUGGCCGGCGUGUCCGGCAAGGUCGGCAAGAAGAAGGCCGGCGCCCGCUUGUGGAUGCGGCUGGACCGGUGGGGCUCCUCUGAGAUCCUGGAGCUCGACAAGGCCUCCAUCAUCCGCCGCGCGGGCGUGCCCCCGCGCGACCUCCGCAUCCUCGGCCCUGUCUUCUCCCACUCCUCAAACAUCCUCGCUAGAGAGAAGGCGAUGGUCAUCAACCUAGAAUUCAUCAGGGCGAUUGUUACUGCGGAGGAGGUCCUCCUAUUGGACCCUCUGAUGCAGGAGGUGCUCCCUUUCGUCGACCAAUUGAGGCAGCAUCUCCCUCUGAGGAGCCUGGUGGGUGGGAAUGGUGAACACGGCGGUGAUAGCAAUGGGGUCAAGCAGGAUGGUUCGCCCGGGGAUCAGGUGCCCUGUCUUAAUGAGGCCACCGGGGCAGAGCAUGAGUUGCCAUUCGAGUUCCAGGUGCUGGAGGUCGGGCUUGAGGCCGUGUGCUCCACGUUGGACUCCAGUGUGGCUGAUCUUGAGAGGCGCGCUAUUCCCGUGCUCGAUGAGCUCACCAAGAAUGUCAGCACUAAGAACUUGGAGCGUGUGCGGAGCCUCAAGAGUGACCUUACCCGUUUGCUUGCCCGCGUUCAGAAGGUCAGAGAUGAGAUAGAACAUCUUCUAGAUGAUAAUGAAGACAUGGCACAUCUUUAUCUUACAAGGAAGCAAGCACAGAAUCAGCAGGUUGAGGCUUUAAUGACGUCUGCUGCUUCCAAUAGCAUUGUUCCCGCAGGAGCAAGUCUGCCGAGGCUGAACUCCAGUUUUCGGCGCAGUGUGAGCAUUGCCACCAGUAUAUAUUUGGAUAACGAUGUGGAAGACCUCGAGAUGUUGCUUGAGGCCUACUUCAUGCAGCUGGAUGGAAUUCGCAACAGAAUUUUAUCGGUCCGAGAGUAUAUUGAUGACACAGAAGACUACGUCAACAUUCAACUCGACAAUCAGCGAAAUGAACUGAUCCAACUUCAGCUUACGCUGACCAUUGCAUCUUUCGGCAUAGCCGUCAAUACCUUCAUAGCUGGGGCAUUUGCGAUGAACAUUCCAUGCCAUUUUUAUGACAUCGCAGAUGGCAGCUUCUUUUGGCCAUUUGUCGGAGGUACAUCGUCAGGCUGCUUUGUGAUCUCCGUUGUUCUGUUAGGGUACGCCUGGUGGAAGAAGUUGCUCGGUCCCUGAACUCACAGUGAAGGCAAGUCAUAAGAUGGUGAGAGAGCUCAUCAUUCUGAAGGUGGCAAACACUUUUGCUUCUCUGGCCUCCGGUAAGGAGCAAGCCCUCGAAGGGCAGAGGUGCACCUGUUGGGCUAGGUAGAAACUCUCUGUGUUCAUGUUUUGGAGUAGUAGAUAACAGAGUGAGUAAUAUGCUGUGAUGUUUCAUUGCCAUAAAUUAUACAAGUUCGUCGUACUGAGAGGAUGUUGCGUAUAUGGUUCA